CCCCAAUGUUCUAGGGGGAACAUAAAUUUGUAUCCUGAGAUUUGGUGUUUCUAUUAUUACAAUGUAACUUUAUACCUUCUUGUCCGAAAAAGUGAUCUAUUCUGAGUUCGAAUUCAUCAUAUAUUCAAAAUGGUGUCAUUAGAUUGUCUAAUUGGUUUGUAGCAUCCAUAAUGGCCAUCCCUUAUGAUUAGUUAGUUAAGAUGAAUUUAUUGGUGUUUGAGGGGGACCAGACCAUUUGCUAAUGAGGGUGACCACCGUGAUUGGGAUUGAAACCUAACUCAUUGUCAACUUCUCUUUAUUACUUGAGUCUCUAUUGUUUGUUGCAGAUUUGAUUCAUUCUUGGCUCUGGCUCUGCCGUUUUCUUUUGGCAUCCUUUGUAGAGGCUUCUUAGCUUUGUGUUUAGUUAGGAACCUUCUUGAAAGUACAUAGGAGGAUUGGCUUUAGUAUUCCGUUUACAUUGUGUUUCUUGAUUUUCUUGUCAUUCAGAUUUUAUCAAGAGUUUAUUAAAUGCCAACUUAGUUUGUUUUUUUUUUUCUUUUGUGUGAUGGAGAGAGCAGAGGAGGGAGCUUAGAAAAGUCGUAAACUUUCUCUUGUCCUUUUUGCUGGUCUGGGUGAAACAUAGAAAGUUCUCUUGCUGAAGAAACUAAUGGUCAUAAAGAGUUUUUGAGAGUGAAAAACGUUGAUGAGCUGUGUCUGCUGCUUGAAAUUCACAUGUUUUUCUCUUUUUCUUUUUAUUUCUUGUGGUAUUGAUAGUUGAAGGGCAUCCUCUAUAAAGAAGGUCUAUGAAAUCAACCCACAUCUUGAAUGGACUGCAACAUGGUAUCUCCGUUGUGGGACUGGGAGCAUUUGAUCACCCCCAACCUGUCAAAGACUGAAAAUGACAAGAAACAGCCGUCUACUACUGAUUGGGAUAUUGAGAAAGGUGAAGGGAUUGAAUCUAUAUUUCCCUCUUUCGCUGGCUCCUCCACCACCGGUUUCCUAAGCUCACAGUUGACCUCCACCAACUCAUCAUCUCCCAAACUCAAAAGUUCCCUUGGAGAUUUUGACCAAGUCAAGGCAUCCACAGCUCUCCAGGUUGCCUCUACUGAAUCGGACCUUUGUUUAAAACUUGGAAAGCGGAGUUACUCUGAUGAAGAGACUUGGGGUAGAAACAACAGUAAUGACAUUUCAGCCGUUUCUGUGAAGCUCUUGACUCCUCCAUAUGUUGUUGCUCAGAAGAAAUCCAAAUCAUCAUGUGGUCAGAGCAUGCAAGUCCCUCGUUGUCAGAUUGAUGGCUGUGAACUGGAUCUCUCAUCUGCCAAGGAUUAUCAUCGCAAGCAUAGAGUCUGCCAAAGCCAUUCAAAGUGCCCUGUAGUUACUGUGGGUGGCAUGGAACGUCGAUUCUGCCAACAGUGUAGCAGGUUGCAUGCCGUCUCUGAAUUUGAUGAGAAGAAACGUAGCUGCCGUAAACGUCUUUCGCAUCAUAAUGCGAGGCGCCGCAAGCCACAAGGAAUGUUUCCUUUGAAUCCAGAGAGGGUGUACAAUGGAAGACAGCAUACGAAUAUGUUGUGGAAUGAGUUGUCCCUUAACACAAGAUCUGAAGAAAAGUAUGCAUGGGGUACUACUUAUGAGACAAAGCCUACGCAGAUGGAAAGCGGCUUUACUCUGAACUUCCAGAGAGGUAGUGGCGCUGACGCUGAGGAGCAGCAGGUGUUUGCUAGUAGCAACCUCUCUUUCUCUGCGUAUCAAACCUCAGCAGGGAAGUCCAACUUUCAACUUCCUAGCAAAGGUGUAGGAGAAUACUCAGGAGGCCUCUAUGAAACGCAAGAUUUCUACAGUGCUCUCUCUCUUCUGUCAACGUCUUCGGAUUCACAUGGAACCAAACACCAUCCCAUGGUUGAAUCACAGUCAAUACAUGGCACUUUCCCUACCCAUUUUAUAUGAAUUGAGUAGUGAAUGCAAAGUCACUCCAUUACAAGUCAGGUUGCAUCUGGUGGGAGUUUCUUUUUAAAUAAAAUUAUAAAUCAUCUAACUUUCAUUGUUCAAGCUAAACCGAGUACGCGGAUAGCUCUGGUUGUCUCCACUUUUCAAAACCUAUUAAGUCAACUCCUUGUAUCAUGUUGUAUUGGAUGUCUUGGAUUCUGCUGUAUGGCAAACUUCGUUACUCUCUCUCAGACAUGUCUAGUGUGUCAUAAACGUAUAUCAACUGUUUUCAUUAAA